AUGGGAUGCUGCUUCUCUGAGCCCGUCGAUUUCGACGGUGAGGUCAAUCUCUAUCACUUCGAUCUUCACCGUGCCGUUGGCAAGGGUGCGUUUGGCAAGGUGCGGGUCGUCGAGCAUAAGCGCUCCAAAAAACUCUAUGCCCUCAAGUAUAUCGACAAGGCCCGUUGCCUGAGGCAAAAGGCCGUCGCCAACAUUAUCCAGGAGCGCAGACUGCUAGAAGAGAUUGAUCAUCCUUUUAUUGUCAAUCUGCGUUAUGCCUUCCAAGACGACGAGAACUGCUUCUUCGUCUUGGACUUGAUGCUUGGUGGCGAUUUACGAUUCCACUUGGAGCGUAAAGGCUAUAUUCAAGAAUCCGUCGUACGUUUUUGGGUCGCGGAACUAUCAUGUGCUUUGGAAUACCUCCACCGCCAACGCAUAAUUCAUCGGGAUUUGAAACCCGACAACAUUCUUUUGGAUGCAAUGGGCCACGCCCACAUCACAGAUUUUAAUGUGGCUAUUCAUUAUUCCGAACGACGCCUCCACACAAGUGUAGCAGGGAGCAUGGCGUACAUGGCUCCUCAGGUUGUCAGCAAAAAGGGUUAUACUUGGCACAUCGACUGGUGGAGUCUCGGUGUCACCGCUUACGAGUUAAUCUUCCACAAACGACCCUUCGAUGGCCGGAGUACGGAAAAGAUGACCCAUUCAAUCCUCAAAGAUCCUUUACGAUUCCCUGAAAAUGCAGCCCAGCGAUGUAGUGAAGACGGCAUCGCCGCUCUCAAAGGUUUUAUUGACCGUGAUCCCACGACACGUCUAGGUUGUCGUCCAGAUGGUCAGGGUAUUGAAGACAUUCGACGACAUCCUUGGUUUGCUGGCAUUGACUGGGAUAAUCUGGAAAGCAAGGAAUGUCAACCUGUUUUUGUCCCUGAUAUGAAGCAAGCCAAUUUUGAUGUCUCGCACGAACUCGACGAAUUCUUGAUGGUCGAGAAACCACUGACGCAUUCUAAACGAAAGGCUAAUCCAGACCUCGAGAAAAUGAAACCGGAGCUGAGGCAGCUUGAAGAACAAUUUACCGUCUACAACUUUACGAGCAUGAAACGGAUGUCGUACUAUCCUCACAAUCAGCCCAUUGUCGCACUUGGUGCCGAUAUGGACAACACUGACCGGACGAUGCUCGCCCACUCGGUGACAGGCACUGUACAGACUAUCGUGCCUACAGCGACUGUCGUCGAACGGUCACAGGCCGGAUCGCCAAUGUUGGAAAGCGAUGAUCGGCACCACCAUCCUCCAUUGCCAAAUGGCGCAUAUGGCCAUGGCCAUUCAUGA